AUGGGGCGUGGCCAGGGCGGAGGGGCGUGGCCAGAGCUGGGCGUGGCGCUACCUGCUCUGUUUGGGAAUGGCAGUGGGGACUUGGCCAGGGAAGAGAGGCGGGGCUACAGCGCGGGGGCGGGGUCACAGCAAAAGGGGGCGGGGUCACAGCCAGGCACAGUGCCAAUUGUGGGGGCGUGGCCAGAAAAGGGGCGGGGCUACGGAGGCCGCCGUGUGGGCGUGGCUUCAUCGCGCUCGGGGCUCCGCCUCUGCUUCCUUCCCCGCUGCACCGGAAGUGACGUCACGCAUACACUUCCGCGUCCUUCGCCGCCAUGCCGCCCUUCGCUCGCCUCCUCCGCGCCUUCCCGCGUCCCGUGGCCCCGCGGCUCGGCCCGGCCCGGCGCGGAGUCACCUCGGGGCCUCCGGAAUCGCCGCUGGGGCCGGGGGAAAGCGCCGUGGGGCUCCUCGCCAUCGGCGCCGCCUGCCUUGGCCCCGCAGCGUGGGUUCUCGCCCACCUCGAGGACUACAAGAAACGGGAGUGACCAGGACGCCAUCCCCCCCAUCGCACCGGGACCACCGGGGGACCCCAAGCAUUCCUUCGCCAUCGCCACUGGGACCACCGGGACCCCAAGAAUUCCAUCACCAUCCCACUGGGACCACCCAUUUCCCCCCCUCCCCUCAAUAAAUGUUGUCCUCUCCCCUCCCUGUGCUGAGAGGGACACUGACAUCGUGGGACGAGUCCAAAAGCUGCGUUGCGAGGAUGCGAUGCGUGUUGCUAGGGUGGGUUUGAGAGGCUUUCAUCCCUUAAUUCCCUAAAACGCCCCAUUUUAC